UCCCUCUUCUCCUUCCUUCCUGCAGCCUCGGCCCUUCUCCCUUGUAAAAAAGGAAGAUGAGACGCCGCAGCAGCCCGACCCCGAACCGAGCCCAGCUGCCCGCGGAAUGACGGACCGGAGGCCGAGCCCAGUCUCCGAACCCCGGCCCUGAAACCCCGGAGCUGCAGCGCUGUCGGGCCGAGCCGAACCGGGCCGUGCCGAGCUGAGCUGAGCCGAACCGGGCCGUGCUGAGCCGAACCGGGCCGUGCAGAGCUGAACCGAACCGGGCCGAUGCCCGGCUGAGCCGCGGGACUGAAGCGUCUCCAGCAUCUACCUGUCAUCCAGCGUCCCUGCAGGCUGCAGCAUGGACCGGUCCGGCAGCAUCCAGCUGGACAUCCCGGACUUCAGCAACUCGGUUCUGUCCCACCUGAACCAGCUGCGGGUCCAGGGCCGCCUGUGCGACAUCGUGGUCAACGUCCAGGGCCAGAGCUUCCGGGCCCACAAGGUGGUCCUGGCCGCCAGCUCGCCGUACUUCCGCGACCACAUGUCCCUGAGCCAGAUGAGCACCGUGUCGCUGACGGUGAUCCGCAACCCGUCGGUGUUCGAGCAGCUGCUGUCCUUCUGCUACACGGGCCGGCUCUGCCUGCAGCUCGCCGACAUCAUCAGCUACCUGACGGCUGCCAGCUUCCUGCAGAUGCAGCACAUCAUCGACCGCUGCACGCAGAUCCUGGAGGGAAUCCACCUGAAGAUCAGCCUGGCCGACAUGGACGAGGAGCCGCGGGAGGAGGAGCCCGUGCGGGGGUCCCGGGGCACUAGGACCCUGGAGAGCGUGGUGCGGGCGGCGGGGGGGCUGCGGCUGCUCGGGCCACGGGCCGCCGCCGCCGCGGAGGCGUGUGAGGCCGUCAGCCCGGCGGAGGAGCCGCUCAGCCCGCCGCCCACGGUGGAGCACAGCGGGCUGGAGGGGCCCGGGGCCCCCGGGGGCCGGGGGGGCAAGGAGCCCAUCCUGCGCAUCAACCGGGCCGGUCAGUGGUACGUGGAGACGAGCAGCGAGCCGGAGCGGGCCGGCAGCGCCGAGGAGGGCGGCGGCGUGGACGGAGUCCGGAUCAAGACGGAGAGGAUGGAAGAAUGGAUCGGCGCCGGGGAGGAUCAGGAGGGGGGGCAGGCGGAGGAGGGGGCCACCGUCAUGAUCGACACGUCGGGCCGCAGCACGCUGGUCACGGGGCCGCUGGGGGCCCGCAACUCGCAGCCGUCCUCCAGCUUCAGCGAGACGGACAGGUUCAGUCCCACCGGCAGCGUGGUCGUCCUCACCGAGCGCCAGAGAGCCAAGAGCGAGUCUCCCAGCAGAGCUGACGAGCUGCGACAGCCGAGCUCACAGGGGGAGGAGCACGCGGCGUUCGACAUGGGCGGCUACGAGGAGUACCUGCGGGAGCAGGUGGGCGACCGCUGGUUCCGCUACAACCCCCGGCUCACCUGCAUCUACUGCUGCAAGUCCUUCAACCAGAAGGGCAGCCUGGACCGCCACAUGCGGCUGCACAUGGGCAUCACGCCCUUCGUGUGCCGCAUCUGCGGGAAGAAGUACACCCGCAAGGACCAGCUGGAGUACCACAUCCGCAAGCACACAGGCAACAAGCCCUUCCACUGCCACGUGUGCGGCAAGAGCUUCCCCUUCCAGGCCAUCCUCAACCAGCACUUCCGCAAGAACCACCCGGGCUGCGCCCCCCAGGAGGCCCACAGCGCCUCCCCCGAGACCACCACCGCCUCCGUCACGUCCAGGGGGGGGCCCAGCGACGAGGCCUCGCCCAGCCAGGAGGAGCCGGAGGGCGGGGGGGGCGGCGGUGGGGGGGGCCAGUACGGCGAGGGCCCCCAGGCCUCGGUCUCCACCACGGGCCCCGACUGACCCCCGUAGACGGGCGGCGGCAGGGCUGAGGUCAGGGUGGAGGGCAGCGGAGCCGGUCCUGUUGGGCCCGACAGCAGCAGGACGCCGACCCCCCCCCGAAGUUGACGGACUCCCCAGAGUCCGAACUUGGAUUUUUUCCCGCUUUAAACCGCAUCUACCUUCACCAACCAAACAACCGAUUAAGCUAAGAUGAAGAAACGCCACACACUCCAACAACCUCAUACACCACCCAGCUCGCGGUCUCGCUAGCUCGCGGUCUCGCCAUCGCGGUCUCGCUAGCCCGCGGUCCUCACGGUUUCGCCAGCUCACGGUCUCGCGGUCGCGCCAGACCGCGGUCUCGCUAGCCCGCGGCUCCUUUAUGUUCCAGAUUUGUACUUUUAUAUUUCCAGGUUCACGUUGCAGCAACACGGUCGGACGGAGGCUUUGCCAAACUUUUCAGUGCCAGUUUAACGGUCCACAUCCUUCGUAUUUGCCUUGAGACAAUCUGGAGCAGUCGGGUCGGCGCCGGCGUGACGACCCUCGUGCUCGUUAGGCGCCACAACGGGGUCGAGUUCCAGUGUGAUCGGAGGUUCUGAUUGGUCGACGUGUUCUGGUGUUUGUCACAUCUCUGGAGCGGUCCAUGUGUCACACUGCAGGUUUUAAGUAUUUAUACCUCCUGGUAGACGUUAACGGCAGUUGCAGCUGCAGCAUUUCCAGAUGUUCCAGCAUCUGCUAAUUAGUUAACCUGAUCUGGACCACGUUUGGGUCUAAUCUGGGCCUCGUUUGCGCCUAAUCUGGGCCACCUUUGAAACUGUUCUGGCCCAUGUUUGGACCGCGUUUGGGCCUAAUUUGGGCCUUGUUUGCGCCUAAUCUGGGCCUCAUUUGAGACUGUUCUGGCCCAUGUUUGGGCCUAAUCUGUACCAUGUUUGGGCCUAAUCUGGGCCUCAUUUGGGCUUCAUUUGGGCAUAAUCUGGGCCUCGUUUGCACCUAAUCUGGGCCACAUUAGAGAGUGUUAUGGGCCUAAUUUGGGCUUCAUUUGGGCCUAAUCUGGGCCACGUUUGAAACUGUUCUGGCCCAUGUUUGGACCGCAAUUGAGCCUAAUCUGGGCCUAAUCUGGGCCUAGUUUGGGCCUAAUCUGGGCCACGUUUGAGACUGUUCUGGCCCAUGUUUGGGCCUAAUCUGGGCCUCGUUUGGGUUUGAUCUGGGCCUCGUUUGGGCCUAAUCUGGGCCUCGUUUGGGCCUGAUCUGGGCCCCAUUUGGGCCACAGAAACCUGCAGAUGUUUACCAUUAUUUACUCUCUGGGAGCCCAGGAAAGACCUGUCUAUCAGCUCCGAACUGGAAAUCAGACUGAAGUUAAAAUUGUUGACCUUUGGUUUUUCUUGAGUAAUAAUUUAACUCCAAUUUCAAUCCGUUUUAUCUUCAUAGAGACUGUUAAAUCUACAAAUUCAGCUAAACUAAUUAUUAAUCAGUAAUUACUCAAGAUUGGCUGCAUCUAUACAGGUGAAAUAAAUGUGUUUUUUUAGGGUUCUGUGCUUUUAAAACGCUGACAGACUCAGAACAACUCCGAUAACACUGGUCAGUCGAUCCGGCUUUAAGAUCCAUAUAAAUUCAGACUCACGUUUGACUGUUGUGGCUGCUGAACGCGUCGAGGGUCUCGUCGUCGAGCGGGCCGGACCAUCAGGCGGGACGUUGACGGGACAAACAGGAAACCUGGACGUCGUCCAGACUCAGAUAAGCUACACAGCUCAGUUACCUCUGAUCACUACGCAAUACAGCCGCUGCACAGCACGGCGCCACCGGGGGGCGCUCCGCUCCACCAAAUCUCCGUUAGUCUUCUCAGAUAUUUGUAACGUCAAGCAUGUCUUUGUUUUCCUUCUUCUGUUUUUUUGUAAACUGUUGCUCUGACAAUGUGUGACGGGAGACAGGUUUAUCGCUGGUGCCGCUCAAAGCGCCGCGACCGGAAACGUGUGUCACGUCUGGCUCACUUAGCCACGCCCCUAAACCCACCUGACAGGUGACCGACAGGUGCGGCGGGAAAAACCCCGAGGUCACCGAGAUGACUGAAACUGACCGAAGGAAUGAUCAUGUGACCAGACGUUGAUGGGUGAUCAUGUGACUUUACAUCUGAGUUGUGGUUUAACAGAAUCAUUGAAGAAAAAUAAACCCUCGUGUAGGGCUGGGCGAUAUGGACCAAAAGUCAUAUCUCGAUAUUUUCUAGCUGAAUGGUGAUACUCGAUAUAUAUUGAUAUUUUUUCUGUGCCAUAAUUGGGGUUUCCCCCAAAGCAUUAUAGCAUAGCAUAGCAUCUCUGUUAGCAUCUCUGUUAGCAUCUCUGUUAGCUUCAUUUUUUUCUGAGGCAAACCCUUAAAAAAACAGUCAGUUUUAAUACAAAGCCUUGUGCCAAAUGUCACACAGGUACUUUAUUAACAGAGGUCUGCACAAUAUCAAAAUGUUUAAAACAAAUGAAAUAAAAAUAAACUGCCUGCAUAUAUAGAAUAAAAAUGCUUCUUGAAUAAAAUAAAACAAAAAUCCUUUUCCUGCAUAACAAUUAAAUUAAAAUACACUGUGCAAUUAAUACAAUGUAGACAGUAACAGGCAGACUUUUCCACUGAGGUUGACAGUUGUGCAAAUAACAAAACAUUUGUGCAAAUCUCAAAUAAAACAUUCAAGUCAAUUUGUCACAAAAUAAGCUAUAUCAAAAUCGAAAAAAAAAUAAAAAAAAAUUUAAUAAUCGAUAUAAACCGAUCGAUAUUGUCUCGUACCAUAUCGCGUUUGAAAAUAUAUCGAUAUAUAUUAAAAUCUCGAUAUAUCGCCCAGCCCUAGGAGGACCCAUGACCUGCAACUGAGACCAGGCUUUCUGACUCUGGACAGCACAUCUGUCUCCAGAAGAUCAUCUAGACUGGUUCUGAACCAGAGGUUUCAUCAUCCCUGUCCAGAUUCAAAACCCCCGGUACCAGACGCAGCAAAGCAGCUCCAGAAAAGAACCGAGCCUCCUCCAUGUUCCACAGAUCCAGUUUUCUUUUCUUUGAAGGCUUUAAUUUUUGUCUGUGAACAUGGAGAUGACGGAUCGGGUCCCAAAGCUCCAGUUUUGUCUCAUCUUUUCCCAGAAGCCUCGAUGGUCCACUUUAAGGCUGGAUUAUGGUUCUGCGCUACACCCACACAAAGCACACGCCGCUGCCGUGACGCCGUCAUGAACCCCUUCUGACUUUUCUGUCACUCCAUUUCGCCGCGGUGCAAUACCCCCCGAGACCGCGAGGGGAGUGCAAUCUUUUCCUGAAUGGUUUAUCCGACUUUUCCAGUCACAGUGAAUCAAAUGGAUCAGAAUCAGAAUCAGGUUUUAUUGGCAGUUUAGAAUAACAUGUACUUGACUUUGGAUACACCGGCGGCGACACGAUGGUGUUAUGCAGCUAUUUUUCCAAGGGUAACACUGGGAUAGGGGGGGGGAGGAGAAAAAACACAUCUUCACACUGAGUAUAAUACGCAGUGUCAAGGUGCAAAAAACACCUCGGCACACAGAGCAACAACAUCAUUACAAGACUUGCAUGUGGGGGGUGGGGGGUGGAUCCCGGCACAGUACUUCCAAGUGAUCGCCGCGGCUUCAUGGCGCUCGAAACCCAGAGACUGCGUUGGGGGCGCUGAUAAGAAGGGGGGGCCCGGAAGGCGUUGAGUUGAGGGAGGUGUGGUAAUCAGCAAGUGUGUGUGUGUGAGCGGUAAGUCUGUGAAACUUCGCCCCAGAGCUGCUCCUCAGCCAUCGUCUUUGAUGUUAUCAGACGGCUCGGUACAGUUCGGAAAACAGGUCCGCAGAUGUUCCUGGGAGAGGGGAGGGCUAGUGGGGGCAAAGCCACUUAUUUUCAUUCCACCAGGGAGAUUGUGACUGGAGCGGCCGGCCAAGCUGCUCUGUCAAGGUCAGAUUAUAGAAUCAACAAUUGUAUUGAAAAGACGAAUUUGUGAUCAAUUCCCGCCAAGCCGAGCUUCCGAGCUUCCGAGCUUCCAACUUCUCCAGAUAAGGACAACUAUUGUGCAAAAAAACAAAAUAAAAAAAUACACGAAGAAAAGAGCGCUGAAAGUUCACGACUGCUUCACGAACCAGAACCCGGAAAUGCGUUGCUACCAAGCGAACCAAUCACAGCCCUCUCGCGGUCUUCGUUGGGUCUACAACCUCUUAAAGCGUAGUUACAAUUUUUGGGAGGUGCGCAUGGCCUGCGGCAUGGGGUGCGCGACAUGGCGCAUGCUCGGCGUCGAUUUGUUGCAGAACCAUAAUCCAGGCUUUAGUUCCAACAGUGAUGGGCAGUGUGAUCUGACCCUGAUGGACCUGGACCUCGGACUUCACCUUGAAUCUCUAGAUGUGUUCUGGAUUUUUUGGUGUCCAUCCGUCUCAUCGGGUUGUCAUCAGUUGUCCUGUUGUGUCCUCGUCCAGGGAGGUCGCCUAAACCUGAAUUUCUCCGGGGUCGGUCUGGUUUUAUUCUGUUGAACCACAACUCAAAAGCAGCGUCUGAUCUGUCGGUCGUCAAGUUUCAGUGAAUUAUUAUGACUUUUGUCAGUUUCAGGUGAUUUCAGUGACCGUGGAAGGUUUUCUCUUUAGAGGAGGGAUCCCGCCACAUCUGUCCACAUCUGUAUUUCCGUCUCGGGGCCGACUCGUCGGCUCUGACCGGUUUAUUUCGUCGGCCCACGGUCCGUCAGAGGAGAACGUUUCUCUGGCGGCGCCGACCUCCAGGUCGCCUGUCGGUGGGUUUAGUCCACCGCCACGGAUCAGUUUCUGCAGGGUUUACUCGCGUCUCAGCCGUUGACGAUGCUGUUUCUUUAGAAACGGGACCACAGCUCACUCCGAACACGUAGAGAGAUUUACACCCAGAACUCAGGCUUCCAGGUGGACGUGAUCCGCAUCGUGAAGAAACACGCCGUCAGUACUUUCAGGGCCGGGACAGACGGGAACGCUUCAGGACGAAGAGCCGGACCCGUCAGACCACAUGGAUGUACCAGGCCGUGGAGCCGGACUUUGAAUAACCUCCAGAGAUUUAUUUUCAGUUUUCCUGCUUCAGGACGGGUGCAGGUCGGCCCGGCAGGUCGCCGGAGGACACACGGCAUGGCGGCGCCAGCACUCCGACACGCCAAAACUACUUCAGCACUUAACAGCGGGAGGGAAGGAGUCGGACAGGUUGUCUGAGCCCACGCCGGCGGCCGAGCUGAGCGGAGAGACGCAGGAGGACCGGCGGGUUUGGAUCAGCGAUCACUGUUUUCUUCAGGACUGUGAAUCAGAUUCAGGGCGGAGAGUAAAUGUUUUUAUGCAAGUGAAGCCUGCGGCUGGAGUUUCCCUCUCAGAUCCGCCGCAGGAGCCGGCGCCACGCUCCCCCUUCAGGCCUAACCAGGAUCUAUCAGGUAUACAGACUCUGUCCCUCUGUCCCGUCCAGGGGACGACCUCCUUCCCCACGUAGCAGAACGGUAACGGAUAACCUCAGUGCAGUUUGCACACUGCAGAAAUAAAACUCGUGUAAAUAGGUUUUUAAAGCAGCGUCCCUGUCGCUGAUGCAGGACGGACCCCACGACGAAGAUACGGGCGAUACGGAACAAAUAUUUAUAUUCCCUGAAAACCAGGAAACCUCGUACGAGUGGACUGCAGCCACAGCAGACGCACGUUUCAGUUGGACUCGGAUCUCAGUUGGGUUCGGUUAGACGUCCCCGACCCGGGUCAUCACUUCCCACCCGACACCGCCGGGUGGUUCCGCACAAGUUCACUCUUUAAACCCCGACCAGUUUCAAAUCUCAUAAAUCAAUCAGGAUUCUAGAUUGUAAACGGUUCAAAACUGGGUCAGAGCCAGUCUAGGCCGGUUCUGAACCUGUCUAGACUGGUUCUGAGCCUGUUUAGACCGGUUCUGAGCGCGUCUAGACCGGUUGUGUUCAGUUAAGACCAGUUCUGAGCCAGUCUAGACCGGUUCUGAACGUGUCUAGGCCAGUUCUGAGCCAGUUUAGACCAGUUCUGAGCCAGUUUAGACCAGUUCUGAACCAGUCUAGACCAGUUCUGAGCCAGUCUAGACCAGUUCUGAGCCAGUCUAGACCAGUUCUGAGCCAGUUUAGACCAGUUCUGAACCAGUUUAGACCAGUUCUGAGCCAGUUUAGACCGGUUUAGACCGGUUCUGAACCCAUUUAGACCGGUUCUGAACCAGGAAAAACAGGUUCUGAGCCAGUUUAGACCAGUUCUGAACCAGUUUAGACCAGUUCUGAGCCAGUUUAGACCAGUUCUGAACCAGUUUAGACCAGUUCUGAGCCAGUCUAGACCAGUUCUGAACCAGUUUAGACCAGUUCUGAACCAGUUUAGACCAGUUCUGAGCCAGUUUAGACCGGUUUAGACCGGUUCUGAACCCAUUUAGACCGGUUCUGAACCAGGAAAAACAGGUUCUGAGCCAGUUUAGACCAGUUCUGAACCAGUUUAGACCAGUUCUGAGCCAGUUUAGACCAGUUCUGAACCAGUUUAGACCAGUUCUGAGCCAGUCUAGACCAGUUCUGAACCAGUUUAGACCAGUUCUGAACCAGUCUAGACCAGUUCUGAGCCAGUUUAGACCGGUUCUGAACCAGUUUAGACCAGUUCUGGACCAGUUUAGACGGGUUCUGAGCCCGGUCAACCCGAUUCUGGGCCGGUACCCUCCAGACGUAUCUUGGACUCCCCGACACCUUCAGUCUGAGACGACGAACGCUUGUUGGUUUAAUCCCAAACUCCAUUUUUGCUCGACUAACAAACAACCUCUUCAUCGGAACGACGGAUCUCAGUCUCGACUUCCUGCUUCUGUUCUCGAAGUCUCAUUUCAUAUUCCUCAUAUUUUGAGAGGGUGAACGCUGGAGAACCGGCUCGGUCUGAAAGCGGACAUGCUGCCCCCUGACACUCCCGGCUUUUUAGUUUCCACGUAACGUUUUGCAGUUUCACAGAUGCAAAGAUCCACUUCCUCUCCUCCGUUCACGGUGCAUCAUUUCAAGCCAGUUACGGCCGGGAACAAGCUGCUCCGGUCCGGUCGGAUCAGAGCUGCACUCAGAAAACCUUGCUAUCAACCUCAAUAGAAUUUCAUUUUCACUGUGAAGACAUGAUUUGUUGUUUUAAUGUUUCCAACUUUCAGGUCGUCAGCCGAGUUCUCAGCUUUCACUGAAUCCUCUGAUCAGUCGGGCUUGGGAACCUUUCAUGAAAGCCGCUCUGUAGCAGAACCACCUGAUCACGGGGGAACCCUUCUCAUACGUGUAGGCCCCGCCCUCUCUUACGAUGGGUUGAACUGUAGUCAGUACUCGAGUUGUAAAAAAAAAUAAUCAGGGGGGAUGGUGGAUUUUAUCAUAUGGGGACAGAUCAUUUGUGCUGAUUAAAAAUAAUAUAUUACAAAUAAUAGCAGUGACCAAAACACCUGCAGAAAUACUGCAGGAAUGACAUAGCAGCAGUUAAAUGCAGCCUUCUGUAAGCUUUAAAUAUCCACUGGACUUACAUCAAAUACAUCAAAACACAACAAUAAAAAACACUUUUCUGAACUUAUCAAUAUGACUCUGUCCUUCACAGGAUAAGUAAAUGGAUCACUGCAAAAACUCACAAUCUUAACAAGAAUAUUUGUCUUAUUUCUAGUUAAAAUGUCUCAUUUUAGUAAAAUAAAAUCUCAUUACACUUAAAACAAGACUCAUCACUGGAAAAAACAACAAUUUUCACCUGUUUCAAGUAGAUUUUCACUUGAAAUAAGUCGAAAAAUCUUCAGUGGAACAAGAUUUUUUUGCUUGUAAUAAGAAGAUAAAUCUUGUCCCACUGGCAGAUUUUCCUACUUAUUUCAAGUGAAAAUUUAUUUGAAACAGGUGAAUAUUGUCAAAUAAGUUAUUUUUCUGGUGAUGACUAAAUGCAGUAAAACUACAUUCAUUGAUGAAAUGACUUAAGGGAUGGAAAGGGGGGAUGGUAGUUUUACAGGGGGGAUGAUUUUGACCGUUUUUAUUUCAGGGGGGAUGCCAUCCCCCCUCCACUCCAGUACUGUAUAUAUAUAAAAAGACCGUCCCAGCUCAUUACCGCAGUAAUGUCAGUCCCACCCCCAUGUGGUCAGAAGUGGUAUUACUACAGAGUGGCUUUAAAGAUUCCUAUUUUAAUUUCAUUUGUGCUUUCAUAUUCAAACUGUGAAAAACAGCUGAACCUCAUCAUCAUCACCGCCAUCACCUUCCUCUGGGCUUCACCAAGUCGGUUUUGUCUCUCAGCAACUCUGUUUGCUUUAUUACGAAAUGCCAAACUUUUGUUUUCAUGUUUUUUUUUUCAGCUUCAGUAUAAAACUACUUGCUUGUUUAUUUUGUACUUUUUAUUGUGUGAAUCUGAUGUUUAGUAUAAAUAAUAUCCAGUAACCUUGAACACAACAUGCCUAAUUAUAAAUGAAAUCAUUUAGACAUAUUCACUUAAUGAGAUUACUCUUUAUGGUUGAUUCCUCAAAGUAUAUCCUAAUAUAUCAAAGCGUAAAAUGAAUCUGAAAAAAAAGGACUUUAGUAAAUUAACUUUUAAUACUGUACAUUUUCUAAGGGAGGUACUUAAAACGGUCUGUAGUAGAUGAACCUGAAAGGUUUUUACGUGAGGAUCUUUUAUGUUGCAUGUCUCUGUUGCUAAAUCAUGUUGGUGGGGUGGAGGGGUGAGGCCAAAGGUCACUAGUCUAGACAAAUGUGAAGAAGCUUCCUUUACUAUGACCACUAGAUCACUCACAGGUCGCAUCUCCUUCAGAGGAAAUAAAGCACUUUAAGUGU